AUGGCUACUAAGGCUGUACACAUAGAAAUCGCGAGCGAUCUGACGACCGACGAUUUCUUAGGAGCCUUUCGUGGUUUUAUUAGUCAUCGAAGCAUCCCAGAGCAUGUAUAUUCCGACAACGGCACAAAUUUCGUGGGCGCAAACAAACAGCUUCGUGAGCUUUACGCGCUCUUAGAAUCGGAAUCGUUUAAAACUGACGUGCAUGCAUUCGCGGUCACUAGGAAAAUCGUUUGGCAUUUUAAUCCGCCACUGUCGCCCCAUUUUGGGGGGCUAUGGGAGGCGGCUGUUAAGUCGUUCAAACAUCAUUUCAAACGCGUGGUAAAAGAACAGCUACUUACGUUCGAAGAACUGAACACAUUAGCAAUCGAAAUCGAAGCGAUUUUGAAUUCGCGCCCGCUCUGCUCACUUUCGUCCGAUCCCAAUGACCCAAUCGCUUUGACUCCCGCUCACUUAUUGGCUGGACGUCCAUUCACAAUGCUACCGGAUCAUGAUCUCUCUUUGAUUCCAGACAAUCGACUUUCAACUUGGAGAUUUAUCACAAAGGCCAGACAAGAUUUCUGGGGACGGUAUUUAGAGUACCUCAACAAACUGCAAACUCGCCAAAAAUGGCGUGAAACAAAUGGUACGCUCAAGGAGAACGCAGUGAAUUUACCCUGCACUCGAUGGCCGCUGGGUGUGAUCCUCGAGGUGCAUCCUGGGAGCGACGGCAUCGCCCAAGUGGCAACGGUGAAAACUGCCAACGGCAUCUAUAAGCGCAACAUCACGCAGCUGUGUCCGCUACCCAAAAGUUGA